AUGUGUGCUUUGGCUUUUGCACUUUGUGCAAGUACCGGUGCCAGUCUACAACUGGACCUCGCUCAAAACCAAGAGAACGACUCCUCUAUUCCGCAUGAAGGAGACGCGAUGGCAUUAACGGACCGAUUUGCUGCUGAAGCGGAGCGAUGUCGCUCAAUGUAUGAAUAUCGCGAAAGCUCCACACACGAAGCUAUUCUUGUGCCUUUGUUCCUUCACAUAUAUUAUGGCACAAAAUCAAAAAAGCAGACAACAUCGCUGCUACUGCGGGAGUCAGUCACACUGUGUCAGUUGAUGGGACUCGACAACGAGGAGACAUAUUGUGGCUUGAAUACCGAAGAAGAAAGUUACAUGCGAAGAACCUUUUGGCUUUUGUAUGUCACAGAAAGAGGACAUGCAAUGCAGCAUGGCACUGGGACUUGUCUUUCAGAGUCUAUCAGUCUACCCUUAACUGACAACCAAAGCGAGCCUCAGGUACUGCAGGCUUUCAAUAGCCUUGUUCAUCUUUUUGUAUCGGUUGAUGGUGUUCUCAUAGACGCCAACCCUUGCACCGGGACAGAACAGCAAAGCUGCAGCAGAGAAACUCUCUCUCGCAUACAAAAUGAGCUUCGCCAGCACCGUCAAUGGCCUACAGAAUGGAAUGAGUUACAGAGGAGCGAUGUCUCUAUCACCCAGCAGUGGCUACGUAUGCUUGUGUGGCAGCUCUCGUUGAGGAAUGUCUCCAUGUCAAGCGAACCGACUGAUGAUAGCAUGUCUUUCAUAUACCCAGCCCAUGUGUCAAGGGAUGCGUUGCAGUCCAUCUCGACUGUGUCUAUGGAUGCACUUGUUGCUCACGGCCCAGGAAUGACUCGCCAAAUACUUCACGAGUUCUGCUGUUAUCUUGCUAGAUUGAACGGGAGCGGCGGCAGUUUGAACUGGCUUCAAAAGAGAAUAGCUGAAUCUGAUGUUCCCCUACAGCCUGCCUUUGAGCUCCAAGCUUUAUCUGACGCCGCCUACGAGACUACCUAUUCCAUAAACGAACGCAUAGACGAAGUCGACGAUAAUAGUGAAGAGUCAUAUUAA